GAUCCCCUGGAGCCGUCCCCCCGCGAUGGAAGAGGAUCAGGAGCUGGAGAGGAAAGCCAUAGAAGAAUUGCUGAAGGAGGCAAAGCGUGGGAAAACCAGAGCAGAAACAAUGGGACCGAUGGGCUGGAUGAAGUGUCCUCUUGCUGGUACAAAUAAAAGAUUCCUAAUUAACACAAUUAAGAACACAUUGCCCUCCCAUAAAGAGCAAGACCAUGAACAGAAAGAGGGCAACAAGGAACCCGGCCAAAGCCAAGACCAGAAAGAGACCAGCUCAAAGACGCACAGAAGCCACUCCUCCAAGCGCAGCCUGCACUCGCCCCGAGGCUCCGUGGGCCACUCGCCCCCGAGAAAGCGCUCCUCCCGGGACAAGCGCGACGCCCGAGGCAGCAGGCGAUGAGGGAGCCCCGGGCAGCCCAGUGCUUGCCCGCCACUGGGCCAGUGAGGACGAGGCGGCAGGGCUCUGACCCGAGAAUGACUCAGUGGGUCCUUUGCUUUAAGGUGGCCGUUGUUGUGCCGUUGUUGUUGUUGUUGUUACCAGGAAAAAACAAAGAAACCUUUACAGACAAACCUUACCUACCUUGUCCCGAAGGUGUCGUGGCAAGAGUCAGCGGACGUAGCAUUGCCAUGCACAUCCCUGUUGUUUUUAUCCUGUCUCGUUUGCAAGUUAGCUUCAGAACAAGCAGUUCUAGAAAUCAAAGUUUUCAGAUUGUUGAAAACCAGUCCCAGUUCUUUGAUGUGCUGCACUUUUGUGGCCAUUUCCCAGAAUUUCUCAAAACAAAAUAAAAUACUUAGAAACGCUC